AAAUGAGAAUCGUUCGUGAAUCAUUCAAUCAUGGUGAAUACAUAAUAACAAUAAUAUUAUUAUUUAUUGUAUUAACAGCUGUAGCUGUAUACAACAACAACAAAAACAUUAUUGUCGUGAACUUCUAUAUUAUAAGGCAUAGAAGAGGUUUAGAGGUUCCGACUUGUUAGUUAAAGAUCCUAUUUUCACAGUAUUAUAGUAACAAAAAUUGGGAAAAAUUUCAUUAAAUUUCAUUAUUUUAAUUAUUUUAUACAGUACUCUUGAAAUAUUUGUCGUUCGACUUCAAUUCCACGACAGAUAGUUUUCCAGAAAAUUAACUGCCUAGAAGAUUUUAUUAUAAUCUUCUUUAAAAUGAGUUCAGAAGGUACAUCCAAUAAUGAUCCAGACAAUAAAUCAACACCGAAUAGACCGAUUCCCGGAGCUCGUCAAGAAAUGUUAAAUAAUAUAACUGCUGCAUCACCUCCGAGGUUCUUGUCAUUACCUGAAAUUAUGGUAGCUGCUAAAAAAUUGGAAGAUAUUGCUCUUGUUCACGAGAUAGCAGUCAAUGAAAAUUUUAAAUUGGAGCCUCAAGAACAUCCUAAUAACAGUUUAAUGAAACAAGUCCAAGACACAAUGCACAAAGCAUUUUGGGAGUUGUUGCGUGAACAAUUAAACAGUGAUCCUCCUGAAUACUCUCAAGCUAUGAUACUUUUAUCAGAAAUUCAAGUAAGCUUAUCAAGUUUGUUGUUAGACCAACACACUAAAUUGAAAGAGGACAUUGCUCAAGUUUUAGAUGUAGAGUCUAUAAAAAAUCAGAUAGACAAUGAUUCUUUGGAUUUCGAAUAUUACACCAAGUUUAUACUGAAUUUGAUGUCAAAAAUAUGCGCUCCCGUAAGAGACGAUUCAAUACGAGCUCUUACACUAUUAAAUGAUCCUGUUGAUAUAUUUAAAGGGAUAAUAGAGACUUUGAGCUUGAUGAAACUUGACAUGGCAAAUUUCACAAUAACUGCCCAACGGCGAGCAUUAAAUGCCUGUAGUGCUGAUUAUGAACGAGACAAAUUUGCCGAGUAUUUAAAAGUUAAACCAGAUGCAUUAAACUUGACUGCUGAAUGGUUAAAACGCCAUGUUAAUUUUGAAAAGACUACAGAACCUUACCAUGAUAUAGUUGCCAGAGCUUAUAUGGAAAUAUUUGAUUGGAAUGAAGAUGUUAUAUUCCCAGAGGCUUUAUCAUUGGAUAAAGAUCGGUAUUUGGCGACAAAUAAAAUGCUGAAUAUUUUGAUACUCGCAGCAUCUACAUUUAUUGUGACAAUAUCAACAACUAAUUCCAUUAUUCCCAAUGACAUGAAAUUCAAAAAUUAUUUAAAAAAUAUUAUUUUAGUCAUCCUUAAAGAUAACGAUUCCAACAAAAAUGUUUUACCAAACAUUAUAGAACAGAUAGUUGCUUACUGUAAUAAGCAUUUAUGUACAAUUAAUCCAGAUGGACCACCAGUUUCACCAGAUAUUGUCAAUACACUUGAAACUCAAGUUUUGUUAAUCCAAAAUCCUGAUAAUAAAAUAAGAACUCUAGUUGAGAAGCGUUUCAAGGAGUUUAUUACUGCGGUCAUCAGUUCUGACAAUGCAGUUCCCCAGCAAUGCCCACUUGGUUUGUCUGCAUUCAAAGAUGAAUUAGCAGCCGUUACUGGCAGUUUUUUGCAUCUUAUCACAUAUAACAGAAAAGUAUUCACCCCGUUUUAUGAUGAAAUAUUGAAAAAUAUUCUGAAUCAAUGUGAUUAACUUUGAUUGUCUCUCAAAUCCAGUGUACUAAAAAUUAAUAUUAUCUUUUAUUUUAUCUUAUACUAACCUUUUAACAAAAACUUUAUUUUUGAAUCAUUGAUUUAUUUUUAUGGAACAUGAAUUGUGACCAAAUUAGAAUCUAGAACAUUAUGGAAUCACAUUUUAUUUCUGUAGGUUCAAUAUUUUAUUAUAAUUUAUAGUAAUACAUAUUGAUAACAAUUAUAUAACUGUAACAUUAUUCUACAGUUAAAUACUUUAAUGUUUAAACAUCAUUGUUACUUAGCAACUAGUGCCUACAUGCCUGUAACUAAUAUAACAUAACUUACAGUAAUGAUUUUAAAAUUGUUAAACAACGUAUUAUCAAAUUAUUAUAUAGCAGUUGUUUUUGGUGAGCCGAACAUUUUAUAAUUAUAAUAAUCUCUGUAUAGUAUUUAUGUAUACAAAGUAAAUUUGUACACGUGCUAGCUAAUUAAUUAUUAUACUAUAAUAUUAUAAUUCUUUCUACUUUAUUUCGUGUUAUUAAAAUGUAUGAUCAUUUUUGAUAAAUGGAACUAGUUUAUGGUUGACGGGAACAAACCUCCUAUGUAAAAAAGUGUAGUUUUCAGAAAACACAAAAAACGUUUUAAAUAAAAAAAUCACAUUUCAAAAACAAUUUAUAGUUGG